GACAAACAAAAAUGCCAACUGGUAAAGUUCUGCAGCCAGUCCUAAAGAUGAAAGUGGAUGAAUUGUUCCUGUGCUGGUUGAGUGAGACCAACACCCAAGUGAUGCUCAAGGACUGCUUGAAAAGAAUCAAGAAUACUGAAAGGAUAGAAAUUGGUAGAGGAAAUGCUGGAGAGAGUGAACCUUUCUUGACUACUAAAAUCGCUAACUCCAAGCAAAAUAUAUUAGAUAAUCUGAUGGCUCCCUUGGUGACACCUUCUAGUCCUUGUGUUUCCACUGCAUUGCCCCUGGGUACUUCAACUAGUUCCAGAAGUGGGCCACAUGUUCGAGGGACUCGUAGAUCUACAGGGACAAGAGUAGUUCAAACAAAGAAAGAGGAGCCUCUACCAUCAGCAGUGAGCCAAAGCAUUCCAACAUUUUAUUUUCCUAGAGGAUGUCCAAAAGAAAAAGUAAAUAUAGAUGCUGUAAUUACUAAGAUAGAGAAGACUUUUUCUCAGUUUCCAAAUGAGAGAGCAACUUUAGAAGAUAUGGGCAAAGUUGCAAAGGCCUGUGGAUGUCCACUUUAUUGGAAAGGGCCAUUGUUUUAUGGUGCUGGGGGAGAACGAACUGGAUAUGUGUCUGUUCAUAAGUUCAUUGCAAUGUGGAGAAAAAUCCUUCAGAAUUGCCAUGAUGAUGCUGCAAAGUUCAUUCAUCUUUUAAUGAAUCCUGGAUGCAACUAUUUGGUGCAGGAAGAUUUCAUUCCAUUUUUACAAGAUGUAGUGAAUACUCAUCCUGGUUUAUCAUUUUUAAAGGAAGCAUCUGAAUUUCAUUCUCGGUAUAUUACCACAGUUAUACAACGGAUUUUUUAUACAGUAAAUAGAUCCUGGUCUGGGAGAAUCACUUGUACUGAACUGAGAAAAAGCAGUUUUUUGCAGAAUGUUGCACUAUUGGAAGAGGAAGCUGAUAUUAACCAGUUGACAGAAUACUUCUCUUAUGAACAUUUUUAUGUCAUUUAUUGUAAAUUCUGGGAACUAGACACUGACCAUGAUCUCUUUAUUGAUCCAAAGGACUUAGCCAGACAUAAUGACCAUGCUAUAUCCAGUAGGAUGAUUGAGAGAAUAUUCUCAGGAGCAGUGACAAGGGGCAGAAAAGUACAGAAAGAAGGGAAAAUUAGCUAUGCUGAUUUUGUCUGGUUUUUGAUAUCAGAAGAAGACAAAAAAACCCCAACCAGUAUCGAAUAUUGGUUCCGCUGCAUGGAUCUUGAUGGAGAUGGAACAUUAUCAAUGUAUGAGCUGGAAUAUUUCUAUGAGGAACAGUGCCAAAAACUGGAUAAUAUGGCUAUUGAACCUCUACCAUUUGAAGAUUGUCUUUGUCAGAUGUUAGAUCUUGUGAAACCACAAAGUGAAGGAAAGAUAACUCUCCAUGAUUUAAAGAAAUGUAAAUUAGCAAAUGUUUUUUUCGAUACAUUUUUCAACAUUGAGAAAUAUCUUGACCACGAACAGAAAGAUCAGAUUUCUGUAAUUAGGGAUGCUGAAAGUGAAGGCCAAGAGCUCUCUGACUGGGAGAAAUAUGCUGCUGAAGAAUAUGAUAUUCUAGUGGCUGAAGAAGCAGCUGGUGACCAAUGGAAUGAUGGGGAUUCUGACUUCUCUGACUACUAGCCUGCACAAAGGUCUAGAGUAAGGAAUUACUCAGAGAAAAGGUAUUUAAGAAGUUGGGGUUCCUCCAUUCAUGGCUGGAGGCUGAUGGCUGGCGGCUGUAUGCUGGACGCUGGAUUCUUUGAGAUGACAGUCUCCUCCAGCCCUGGGACCAACAUGGAUUCCUUGGUCUCAGUAUAUCCUUAUCUCUGUCUGACUGGAUAAUUUGAGACAAGAGUCCUGUCCAGUCAAUUUUACUCUCCCAUUAAUAAAAUAUUAAAAACUCUCUGAUAUCUCUCCUGCCUCAGUUUCUCCGGCAUUACAGAAUCCAAGGUUGUGAAUGUGAAUGACUGAAAAAAUACUAGUGUAUCCACUGAGUCUGAGAUAGUUUGAUGACCAGUUUGAAAUGUCCAGUCCUGACUAUACUCUGAUCCAAUGACCCUGACUUCUUGCUAUAUCUCAUACGAGACACAUUUUCUGACUGCAUUUUCAGUGGCCAGCUCCCAUGGAAUUCUCUUCCUCCUCAUCUCUUGCUUUCCUUAGCUUCCUUCAAGUCCCAAAUAAAAAAACCACAAGAAGCCUUCUCUGAUCCUUCUUAAUGCUAUGCUUGCUAAUGGCUCUCUUCUGUUGAUGUUUUCCCCGGUUUAUUUUGCAUAUUGUUUUGUGAAUAAUUGUUUGCUUCUUAUCUCCUUCUAAAUUGUGAGUUCCUUGACAUUAGGAACUGUUUUAUUGCUAAGUUUGGGGAGUUGUUAUUAUUUUUUUGCCUUUCUUUUAUCCCUACCACAGUUCUUGGCACAUAAUAGAUAAUUAUAAAUGCUUCUCAACUUGACACUAGAGCUAAGGAAAGAGACACUAUCGCUGAGUUAUAGAUCUUGCAGUAAUUUGCAAGAGAUGUAAACUGAACUCAUGGAAACUUGUGAGGUAACCAGAUGAAUAGUGAAGAAAAAUAAAAAGGCACAGGACAGUCUUAGUUGUAUAUUCACAUUUCUGAGUAUGAUAUGGACAGUGAACCAAGCAAAGGAGAACGAAGAAUAGUUGGGCAGGUAGAAGAUAUAGGAGAACAAUGUUCUGAAAACCUAAAUGUCCAAAAGGAAGAACUGGUCACUAGUAUCACAUUCUAGAAAGAAGUUAAGAAGAAUGAGAAUUGAGGAGAGGCCAUUAGAUUGUGCCAAUAAGAUAUCACUGGGAGAUUUCCCAGUCACAUGAGCAACAAGAUUUAGAACUAGAUAUUUUUUCCUAAUAUGUAUGACCUCUCCAAAACAGAAAUUAUGUACCAAAAAUAAAGCAACUUCAGCAUUCUUCAUUGCCUAGGACACCUAGAAUCCAAAAUAAUGUUUUUGAAGACACAAAAACUUAUGAACUCACACUCACUGACCUUGAACUCACUCAGCACCCCUCCCCCACUUACUUUACUAUUAGCAUUGAGGCUGCACUAACAGACCCAAAGAUCCAAAUGGGCUUACAAUCUUGUACUCGGUCCUUUCCAUAUAUAAAGAUACUCAAUUCCAGGCUGAAGAAGUCUGGCCAGGCCAGAGUAAAAUAUAUGGGUGGCAUAGUAAAAAAAAAAAAAAAAAAAAAAAAAAAAAAA